AUACUGGCGGCGCCGGCGCCGCCUUCCCACACUCUGGCUCGUCUGUCGGCUGCGGUGUUUCCUUUUCUCCCUGUCGGUCGUCGCGUUCUCUGCCUCUUCUCACCCUUCUUGCUCUGCUUCUCUGCGGUGUGACGAGGCUGAAUCCUCUCCUCACGUAGCCCGCGCCUUUCUCCUUUUACUUGCGCCGCUCCAUUUCUCCUGUUCGGCAGCCGCCGCCACUGCUGUUCAGCUGGUGUCGGUGCCGCGCUCUUUCCCUCACGUCGUCCCCGCAGCCUAUGGCCCAGGCCGCCUUGGGUAUUUCUGCUCAAGGUAACCACAUCCCUCUUUAAAAAUUCCGCCGAAAAAGAGAAGACGCUUUACCCGACUCUUUGGGCCGUUAUCUCACGGCGAACUUUCUGACCGAGUAUACAACUACCCAGAAGGCCUAGGAGAAGUGCUGUAUAGAGAGCAGUUCGACUUCAACGCUGAGCCACCUUGGGAACCUAGCUGAUGAUAGGGGGGUUCCAUCUCCUAACUUGUCCAUGGAGGUCUUCACUUCAGAAACCCAAGACUCAUAUUCAUCCAGCUUGGUGUCAAGUGGGCUGUUGCUGCCAGAAUUAUCUUGUGAUUAUAUGAAAGAUGUAUCAGUUUCUUCUGAAGUACAAUCAACUGUAGAAGCCUCUGUAGCAGUUUGUUGCAUAUUCUAAGGACCCAGAUAUAGGCUUGGUGGCCCGUCUCUUGUUUUUCCUGGUUUAUGACUUUCGGCUUUGUGGAAUACGGCUGAGAUGAAAGGAUUUAUUGACGAUGCAAACUACUCCGUUGGCCUGUUGGAUGAAGGAACAAACCUUGGAAAUGUUAUUGAUAACUAUGUUUAUGAACAUACCCUGACAGGAAAAAAUGCAUUUUUUGUGGGGGAUCUUGGGAAAAUCGUGAGGAAGCACAGUCAGUGGCGGAAUGUAGUGGCUCAGAUAAAGCCUUUUUACAUGGUGAAGUGCAAUUCUACUCCAGCUGUGCUUGAGAUUCUGGCAGCUCUUGGAACUGGAUUUGCUUGUUCCAGCAAAAAUGAAAUGGCUCUAGUGCAAGAAUUGGGUGUGUCUCCAGAAAACAUUAUUUAUAUAAGUCCGUGUAAGCAAGUUUCUCAGAUAAAGUAUGCAGCAAAAGUUGGAGUAAAUAUCAUGACAUGCGACAAUGAAAUUGAAUUAAAGAAAAUUGCACGGAAUCACCCAAAUGCCAAGGUCUUACUACAUAUUGCAACAGAAGAUAAUAUUGGAGGUGAAGAUGGUAACAUGAAGUUUGGCACUACAUUGAAGAACUGUAGGCAUCUUUUGGAAUGUGCCAAGGAACUUGAUGUCCAAAUAAUUGGAGUUAAAUUUCAUGUUUCAAGUACUUGCAAAGAAUCUCAAGUGUAUGUACAUGCUCUGUCUGAUGCUCGAUGUGUGUUUGACAUGGCUGGAGAAUUUGGCUUUACAAUGAACAUGUUAGACAUUGGUGGAGGCUUCACAGGAACUGAAUUUCAGUUGGAAGAGGUCAAUCAUGUUAUCAGUCCACUGCUGGAUAUCUACUUUCCUGAAGGCUCUGGCAUUAAGAUAAUUUCAGAACCGGGAAGCUACUAUGUAUCUUCUGCCUUUACACUUGCAGUUAAUAUUAUUGCUAAGAAAGCUGUUGAAAAUGAUAAAUUUUCCUCUGGAGUAGAAAAAAACGGGAGUGAUGAACCAGCCUUCGUAUAUUACAUGAAUGAUGGUGUUUAUGGUUCUUUUGCAAGUAAACUUUCUGAGGACUUAAAUGCCAUUCCAGAGGUUCACAAGAAAUACAAGGAAGAUGAGCCUCUGUUUACAAGCAGCCUUUGGGGUCCAUCCUGUGAUGAGCUUGAUCAAAUUGUGGAAAACUGUCUUCUUCCUGAGCUGAAUGUGGGAGAUUGGCUUAUCUUUGAUAACAUGGGAGCAGAUUCUUUCCAUGAACCAUCUGCUUUUAAUGAUUUUCAGAGGCCAGCUAUUUAUUACAUGAUGUCAUUCAGUGAUUGGUAUGAGAUGCAAGAUGCUGGGAUUACUUCAGAUACAAUGAUGAAAAACUUCUUCUUUGCACCUUCUUGCAUUCAGCUGAGCCAAGAAGACAGCUUUUCCACUGAAGCUUAAACAGGCAUUAACGCUUCUUAAGAUCUGAAGUUGCAGGUUAAGCUUGUCUGGUCUACAUUCCAGUGUGGGGAAAAAAUUCAUUCAAUCUUUAUUAAUUCUCUUGGAAACAAAUUCAUAGUAAUAACUAUUUGGGACCAGACAAUCAGCUUUCAUCUAUAAUUCAUUUGGGGGUAAAGGGAGAUUUAGAUAAUGUAUCCAGAUUUAAACUUACCAGUUUGACCUACCCCAUAAGCGUUUAAAAUAAAAUAUGCAACAAAAUGGAUGACUUAGUGGAGAUGGAAGCCCAUUAGUUGGGUUCCCCAUUAAAUCGUUUACAUACAAGUACACAGUUUUUAUAAUAAGAAUUCUUGUUAAAAGUCUUGUAAAGUUGAUGUCUUUCACCCAGAUAGAUCACAUUAGUAGAAAACCAGUGUGACUUCAUUAGAUAUGUUUAGUGUAUUUAGAAUGUGUAAAUUUGUGCUUUGAACUGUAGUUUAAUAAAUGUAAAAUUGCAUCAUAGUAUUUGUUGUAUUUGACCUAAUGUAACCCUUGUAUGAUUGCAAUAAAAUUUUGUGUAGAUUUUACUGGUUUUUUUCAGGCUAAAACUUUGGGAAAGGGGCUAGCUAGCAAAGGUAGUUUUGAAAUAGAUGUGUAUAUGGUCUGUUUUGAGGGGUAGUUUUCUUUAUAGCCCAUUUAAGUUUUACUCAGUACACUUCAGUUAUUUAAUUAGUAAUUUAAGUAAAGUGUUUGGUAAAUCAUUGUGACAUUCAGAUUCAUUAUGGAGAGUUGAUGUGCAGUAAGCAUGAUGUCUAACAAUUUUAACACCAAAAAUGUUAAUCCUGCUUAAGCCAAUUGUAAUAUUUAAUAGGUGUUUCUGUAUAGAUAGACUACAUAGACUACUUUAGUACAUCUUUGAAUCACAAAUCUUUUGGCCAACAGGGAAGAUUCUAUUAAAUACAUGGUGGGGAUAUGAAAUUGCAGAAAACUGCAGAGCAGUAAAAUUUAAAGAAGGGCUACAUCUAUACCAUAUCCAGAAAUGCCCCUUUGUACAGAAUACUUAAAUUUAAUGAGGUUUGGGGGUAAAGCACACUUAUUUCAAUUUCUCAUUUGUAGUGAUACCCAGUUGGGGUUUUGUUUUUGUUGGUUUAAACUUAGUCCCUUAGUUUUUUGUUUUUUCCCAUUUGUUCAAUUUAGUAAUUUCUUUUCAUACUAAAACUUUUUGGUAGUUGGGGAAGGGAGUUAGCAUCACUAACCUGUCAAUUUUGCCAGGGUUUGCUUUGUUCACUGCUAGUGUAUUAGAAAUCCUAGAUCUCAAUAACAAAAUAGUAAUAAGACAAACUACAGGGGUCUUUUUUUCCUAACUUACUCUAUGUUCAGAUGUGGAAUUUCUGUCCCCCAAGAGGGAAUGUGACUUCACUUUGGUGCCAAUGGGCAGAAAAUUCUACUGUGCUACAUAGAAGUUUGGAAUGCACUUAAUAGCUGGUUUUUACACCUUGAUUUUAAGGUGCAAAGAAAUUGAUCAUGAAUCUCUUAAUCUCAAUCUCAAACCAGUAGGUGCUUAAUAUUUUUGAUUUGAUUAUUGUCCAUUUGAAUAUCAUGGGUUCUAUUAAUUACAAAAAGAACUUAGGACCCCACUCCAUUGUCAUGUAGUUCUUGGACUUUUCCAAGGUAUAUAUGGGGUUUUAUGCAAAAUUCUGAGCUACCAUGUAACUGUUUUUAACUAUUACAAGGAGGGAUUGUUUCCUACCUUCUUUGUGUUAUGCAUUGUUGGGGUCCAGAAAUAAAGAUGGUACAAAAACAAACAAUCCAAAACCCUAACAAUGGAGUCUUUGGCUUGAUUAUAUAGGCUUGAGCUUCGUGGCGUAUCAAUUUUGCCAUCUGCAAAGGAGAGCUGUUGUGUGAAAAACAGCCCAGGGUUGCAAAUAAUCACAUGUGAAUGAUAAGGUAACUUUAAGAAAUAUCUGUAUUGUAUUUGAAGACUAUUUGCCAUAAAUCUGAAGUUUAAACCUAUGUAUUUCAAUUUGGUAUGCUUAAAUAAUUAAUGUAAAAUCUUUUAUAUGAUACUGUAACCUCAGUUCAAAAGUUAGCUGAAAAUAUAAAACCCAAAUGAUUUCUAUAUAUAGUAAAUUGAACUGUAAAGGUAACUUGUGUGUGAUUCUGAAUACACAGAUGCUUUACUUUGGCUUCUAUCAUGAAAUAGAUGUGAAAUUUUAUGACA